GGAGGGCUGGCAGCAGCACAGGGGGGCAGGAUGGACCGUGUGGCAGGAGCUUCCCAGCAGUGGAAGGAGGAGCGGAGACAGCGCUGAUCCAGCCGGGGAGCACAGCCUGUUCCUCCAGCCCCUCCUGCACCCACGCCUGCCUUGGCUGAGGGUGCCCCCACCCGCAGGCUCUGCUCCCCAGGACCCACUGGAGCUGGGGGGACACGGAGGGGCCAUGGGGGCUGUCAGCAUCCUGGGCUGGCUGCUGCUGCAGACAGUGCCCUGGGCUGCAGGUGCCCAGCCCUGCAGCCCCAAGUAUUUUGGCCGCGAUGCCAUGGUGUGCGUCUGCAACGCCACGUACUGCGACACGCUGGACCCCGUGGUCCUGCCGGCACCGGGCACCUACGUCAAGUACGAGAGCAGCAAGGCCGGCAAGCGGCUGGAGCGCAGCGAGGGGAGCUUCCAGCGCAGCCUGCGCGCCCCAGGGCUGCUGCUGACGCUCAACGUCUCCGUACUGUACCAGCAUGUGAAGGGCUUUGGCGGGUCCCUCUCUGACGCUGCUGCCCUGAACAUCUUGGGGCUGUCACAACCAGCCCAGGACAACCUGCUGCGCUCGUACUUCUCUGAGAGCGGGAUUGAGUACAACCUCAUCCGGCUCCCCAUGGCUUGCAGCGACUUCUCCGUGCGCCCCUACAGCUAUGACGAUGUCCCCUACGACUACGAGCUGAAGCACUUCAGGCUGGCAGAAGAGGACGUGAAGAUGAAGAUCCCCCUCCUGCACCGAGCCUCAGCCAUGAGCAGGCGGCCACUGUCGCUGUACGCCAGCCCCUGGACCACCCCAGCCUGGAUGAAGACUAACGGGGAUGUCCGUGGGAAGGGCACGCUGAAGGGCCAGGCGGGGGACAAAUACCACAAGACCUGGGCCAACUACUUCAUCAAGUUCCUGGACGAAUACACCAAACACAACGUGACCUUCUGGGCGGUGACAGUGCAGAACGAGCCCCUUGCAGCCCUCCUCACGCCCACCCAGUUCCCUACCAUUGCCUUCACCGCCGCGAAACAGCGGGACUUUGUUGUCCAAGACCUGGGCCCCGCACUGGCCCGCAGCCCCCACCGCACCCAGCUCAUCAUCCUGGACGACCAGCGCAUCUACCUCCCGCACUGGGCCAAAGUGAUACUGGGCAAUGCCACCGCUGCCCGCUAUGUUGCUGGUCUGGGGGUUCACUGGUACCUGGACAGCAUUGUCCCAGCCCGCUGCAGCCUCGAGGCCACCCACAAGCUCUUCCCUGACCAUUUUCUUCUCUACACGGAGGCCUGCAGCGGCUUCCUCACCCUCCGGUUCUCUGUGUCCCUGGGCUGCUGGGAGCGAGGGGACCACUACAGCUACAGCAUCCUGAAGGUCCUGAACCACUUUGUGGCUGGCUGGACUGACUGGAACCUGGCCCUGGACCUGCAGGGGGGCCCCAACUGGGUCAAGAACUACGUGGACAGCCCCGUCAUCGUGGACAGCAACAAGAACGUCUUCUACAAGCAGCCCAUGUUCUAUCACAUGGGGCACUUCAGCAAGUUCAUCCCCGAGGGCUCCCGGCGCGUGGGGCUGCACAGUAGCUGCCGAUGCCUCAUCUGUCAGCUGGAGCACGUGGCCGUCCUGCGCCCCGACAGGGCCCUCGUCCUGGUGGUCCUCAACAGCCCCUCUGGUCCCCCAGGUUUGGCUGGGACGUGCCGUUCGGGAUCCAGGACCCUGACGUUGGUUUCAUCGAGACUGUGGCUCCAGCUCACUCCAUCCAGACCUACCUGUGGCGCCAGCAGUGAUGGCCAGGGCAGUGCUGGGGAUGGUGCCGAAUGGCUGGGGGGGUCUCCAGGGGUCGGCUCUUCCCCCACCCUUUCCAGCAUCCUUCAACAGUGGUGACCUACUGCUUGGGGGUGCAGGAUAGACCAGGGGUUGGGCCCCCGUGCAAGAGGCUGCAUGUGCUCCCAGCACUGGGGUCUCACCAGGGCAGCUGCUGGUUCUUCCCAGCCUCCCUCCUCCCUCCCCGGCACCCCCCGGCCCCCUGAAAGCUCCUGCUGCGCUGUGUCCUGGACCACGCUUCCACACGUGGCUCCCUUGAAACCUUCGCGUGUGUCUCAGGCGCCAAGUAAAGCCGUGACGUGCUCCCUCCGGUA